AUGCGAAAAGCCCCAUACAAACCCCAAAAAACAGCAAAAGGCUUGGAGGCGUUGCUUGCACGAUCUCUGAAGCAAAAAAGAAAGAUUAAAAUGGUGGGGUUCGUCCUCGUUCUCUGUAGCUUCUCCAUUGCUUUGUGGUUAAGCUGAGAGAGAGAACACAGAAGCCUAAAGGUUGAUUGAUCUUCACUUGCUGGUGGCUGGGAAUUUACGGAAAGGAAACAAAAAAGGGUUGUGAAUUCAACCUCGCUGCAUCUGCCUUCUUCCUGUUUAAUGGCUGAGGAGAAUAUAAAUUCACUUGUGACCCCCAAGAAAACUACGCCUGAGAGAAGUAGUUCGAGAGGAAACUCAGAAAAACCGAGUUAUCCAACUGGUAGACAGAAAAUUCUUCCUCAUUAUCGCAGAGCUUCAAUUGGUUCAUGCCAUGAUGGAGAGAAAAGAAACACUGCAGGAAAACCAAAUUCUCCAAAUGGAGGGCAAAAUAUUGUCCCUCAUUAUCUUAGAGCUUCCACUGGUUCGUGUCAUGAUUUCUGUAAAUAUGGCAGAGAACAUGCAUUUGAAGUGAAGGCAAGGCGUCCCAGACCAAAAAGAAUAGUCACACCUCGAUCUGAUGAGCAUAAUCCUCCAGCAGAGAAAAAGAAGACAAUGGUGGUCAACCUUAAGCCUUCCCCUGGUUUUAAAACACAUUCGCCAGAUUCCCCUGAAAUUGUCAAGCAGAAAAUUUUACUGCCUUCCAAGAAAAAUGAUGUUUCUUUAAAACGCGAUUCAUCAAAUGAGAAGAUGGCAGAAAAUGUGAAGAAAGCUAAUAACUUGUCUGCAAAGCGUGCUACUAUUAUAUCUGUGACGGCGCCAUCUUCUCAUCCAAACUCUUCAGGUUCAAAUGGCAGGACAAAAAGUGACACCAAAAUUGGCAAAAAGAUGGGAACAGCUAAAGUGUCAGUACUGGCCCCUCCAAUUGGUUCACUAUCUCCCAGACCUCGUGUCAAUGGGGUUGUAAGCUUAAAUGCGAGAAAACAAAGAAGCAUGGCUCUAGUGUCUCCUCUGAAGGAUCAGAACAGAAUUCGAAAUUCCAAACCAAAGCAAUCCAACAAUGACAAGGUCCUGGAGAAAACCUUGGACGUCACUGAGGUAGCAAGCGAGAAUAAAUUUUUGGGAGGAAUUGAAGAUGAGGUUAUCAUUCCUUUAUGUCCUUCUCCUUCUGCCUCUCCUCCUCCAUCAUUUCCAUCGUCUAAUUCUUCUUCCCACCCAAACUCUCCAUCUUUGUCAUCUCAUGAUGAAGAAGAUCAAAAGGAGUCUGAAUACUCUGAUAGUGAAGCAGAUGACCUCGUCUCUGAAAACGAUAAAAGUGUAAGCAUGGACGAAGUAGAAAUUUUAGAAGGAAAUCAGGUGGUUCCUAGAAAGAGUGGAGAGGUUCUUUCUGAAGAUAAUGAUUCCGCACCAGUGAAGUUAAGGUUCAGGAGGGGGAAGGUGGUAGACCUGCAAUCUGAAAAUAAUGGUCCUAGGAGGCUCAGAUUUAGACGGGGACGCCUGUUGGUGGAAAACCAAGAUAGCAACGGUGAACCAAGAAAGAGACGCUUUAAGAAGAGAGUCGAUGAUGGCACAGAUGGUACGAAAUCGAGUUCUGAACAAGUUACUUUGAGGCAUCAAGAUGUAGCGGGGAGGAAAGAUGCUCAGGGUUUAUUUAAUAAUGUGAUUGAAGAAACAGCAAGCAAGCUCGUUGAGAGCAGAAAAAGUAAGGUUAAGGCGUUGGUGGGUGCCUUCGAAACAGUGAUUUCCCUCCAAGAGAGUAAACCUUCCACUCCCACUGUCGAUUAACUGGCAAAUAAAGUUUAGUUCCUUCAGUAUGUUCGGAUUUUUGUAAAGACAUUGUGAAAAAAUAAUGGAAGCUUGUCAUUGGAGUGAAACAUGCAACGUUGUGAAAUUGCAAGCGUGUACAAGUGGAUUGCUUCGGUUGAAGUUAGAAAGCUUGGAUAACCAAAUUGAGCCUGGGACUCGUGCGGCUUCUCCUUUAUACUCAUUUCUUGGAGGGCAUGUUGCAUCUUUCUUCUUUGGUCUAUUCUGGAUUAAUGUGAUUGAUUUGUAUCAUGAAGAAACUGUUAUACUUGGGACGUUUUCAACUUUGGGGAGGGGAAAGAAGAGAAGGCUACACCUUUUAAAUGGUUGAGUUGUCUUGUCUUCCUCUUCUUUUUUUUUGUGGUAUUCAAUGUAUUUCUGAAUUGAUGUAUCGUCUUGUUUUUCCUUUUCUCCUUCUUUUUUGGGUUGGCCUGUUUAAGAUUGCUCGUCUCAUUUCUGACAUAAUUGCUAAUUUUAGAUUGGGCUUUUGCUAAUUU